UGAGUACACUUUUAAUGGUUCUUUGUUAGUUUCUUCUUUGUAUAUUGGGAUAUUUUCUAUCAGCCGUUUUGUUUUCUAUCUCGCGUGCGCCGUUGCCAUGGUGAUAAGACGCCCGCCUGCUGCCUGAUAGCUUGUCAACAUGCCACCAAAGGAUGGAAAGUCUGCAAAAAAGAAAGGAGGAAACAUCAGCAAGGCUGAGAGGGAGAGACUGCAGAGAGAGGCAGAUGAACAAAGACUGAGAGAGGAAGAAGAAGCUCGUCUCAUUGCAGAACAAGAGGAGAGUGAACGGCUGGAGAGGGAGCGAAUAGAACAAGAGAAACAACAGCUACUUGAGUUAAAGGACAGAGAGCGCAGAGAGGACGAGCUGAAUGAACUGCGGCACAUUCUAGAUGAGAAUCACUCUGCAGUCACUGAGUGGGAAACAGAAUGCAGGAACAAAGCUAAGUGGGAGCGUUACAUGCGUUGUGACGGCAGUCCAGACCCAUCUGUGUUGCCGGAAAUCAAUUCCUUCAUCAGUUUGUGGAGAGAAGACUCAGAAAACCAAAUCCAGAGGGUCUUGGAAAAAUGUGCUCUGUCUCUUCAGUUGACAGACGAACUGGACUACCUCUUGAGUGAGGGUCCUGAGCCAUGCAUUGCUCAACAGUAUCGAGAAACAAUCCUUUGUCUCCAGAGUAUAAUCCUCUACAAACUCAACCAGGCCACCGAGGAGCUUCUGAAGUUUGCAAAUUCUAAUUCUGAUAUUGAGACUGGCAACAUGCAGACUGUAGUCCAGGAUGACAACAUGACUCUUUGUCUGUGGGCAAACCUCAACAAAAAUCCAAGGUUUAAAGGUUACCGGUUUGCGGAGGUGGGUCUGGGCUUCGAGCUGCCGAAGCCGCUGGCUGUGUGUGACAUCGCUGUUCGGAUCCUUCACACACGCUAUGACCACCUGUCUCACCACAGCGAGCGUGAACAGGUCCAAAGAAGGAGAUCCAUGAUGGAAAGCAUUCUCACUUUACCAUCUGAGACUGCUGCAGCGGUGCAAGAUGGGAAGGCGGAGGGAGAGGGGGAUGAGGGAGAUAGCUCAAAGCAGGUGGAGGAAGAGAGCCGUUCAGUCAGAUCAGAGAGCAGGAAGAUGAGUGCUGUGAGUGUGAUCUCAGCUAAGGAGGGGAGGAAGAGCUCUAAAGUCAAGCUGUUAGAGGAAGGAGAAAGUCAGAUGGAGGCAAUCGCUACAGGAUUAGAAACUGAUCAAAAUGGCUCCAACCCAUCACCAGCUGAACUGGUGUUUGAAAGUGCUGACAUACAUAUAGUGGAUCUGCAGCAGUUCACACCCUUGGGCGGAGUCUUCUACUUUGAUGUCUUCCAUCUACCACCCCAGUCUCGUACAGUGAAGGGCUGGGAAAUGAGAGAGUUGUUAGAGACUGGUCUCCAGGUCUUCCCCUAUCCCACAGAGCAGUCUCGCAUUCAGAGCUCCACCUCAGUGAGGCUGGAUGAACACAGUAGCACUGUUGCCUUAUUGCCUGUAGGGGUCACUGUAGCUCUGCCUGACUCAAUAUCGUUUCUGGAGGAUCCUCAAGUGGCACGCUGGGAUCCUAUCGGUCAACACUGGCGGACGGACUGCAUCUCUGAGACAAAUUAUGACGCAGAGACCCGUAGCAUCUCCUUUCGGAUGAAUGCAUUCUAUGCCUUCACAUUACUGCAAGAGUCUUAUGCUAAUAUGCCUUUCCAGUCAUGGGAGCUGAGGCCUCUGGGCCAAGACUCAGCAUUGUUCACAAUCACUGGAGCUCUUACUGAAGUCAGCAUCACCAUCAAGGAUAAGCAGUGUAUGCUGCACAUGGAGCAGACAAGGGACCUGGAUCAUCUUUUAGGGAAGUGGAUGAGCCCCUCAGAACUGAGGAAGGCCAUGAAGAGAGCUGGGAUCAAUAUAUUUGUGAAUGAGUAUUCAGACAAGUAUGUCAGCAUCAACUCGAAGGACCCAUUAAUAGAGCACACAGUGUAUGAACAAAUGGCCCUAAUGUCCUCAGCAGUGGCUUUUUCCUGGAGCCGCUGGAACACACAAUGCGGACAAGAGCACCUUGUUCUUCAGGCAUGUGAACAGCUGGAGGCAGAGCCAGUGGCUGAGGAGGCGUGGUCUCUUUACCUGCUGGGUGCUCAGAGAAACCAGCAUCUGAAGAUGAAGGAGCAUGAUAGCAGCUUCUCUCCUGAACUUGCCGAGGGCACAGAGUUCCACUCCACCUUUCUGCACAUGCUCAGACAGGACAUGAGCAUCGAGGGACAAGCUAGAAUCCGUCAGUCUCACUAUCUCUACACAGACACUGUACAGAGGCUCCUGUGGGCAACACGUGUCCUCACAUAUUCCUGAGACGAGAAAGCAUACACACUAAUAACAUUUGACACCUGUUUUGAACUUGUGAUAGUCAUUGCAACAUCUUGAUAAUAUGCUGAGGAUAUGAAAUGACACCCUGCAUACUUCUCUAUAUAACCAGCAAGUGGAGCCAAAUGAUUUUGAAUGAAUAUUUCUGACACCAGCAAUAAAAUUUACAACAAAAUCAAUUGCAAAAAAUAUUAAGACCACCGGGCUAAAUCAUUGACAUUGAGGAAAUGUUUAUAGUGCCAGAAUAUAAACUCUCAGGUGAAUCUCAUCAAAUCUGACAAAAACAUGACCAGACUUACCCUAAAAUAAAGUUAAUUUUAAAUAAAGAAAUUACAUAUAAAGAAAUUGAAUUUUUGAAGGAUCAUCAAGAUCUUUUUAGCAGUGUGAACAUACUAUAUUUUAUAUAUAGCCCCAGACAUGUUUUGGUGAGAUUCUCCCAAAUUAGAUUUAUUGAUUGUUAUACUCAUGUUGAAUUAAUAUUUGACAUUGAUUCCAUUGACCUCAUUUUAUAUCACUAGCCUUGGAUGAACAAUUAAAUGUAGGACAUACCCAAACACGAUUAUUAAAUAUAAACAGACUGACUGAAGCCUCAUGAUUCAUUUAGCUUGUUGUCCUGCAAUAAAUAGUGAAAUUAUUUGGA